CAGCAUGCAGCGAAUCCAACAGUGGUACAGCGCUCAUGCAUCGGGCAUGGCUCCAGCUGCCACUGGGGCUGGCUGUGGUGCAGCUCCGUCGCAGAGAAAUCAGCUGCGAGGACGUGCAGGCCGACCUUCGGUAUGUGCGCGAUGGCAGCUGCGGUCGGAGAGGGGUUUUGAGUGGAGAAUGAGCUAUGCCUCUGUGCUGGUGCGGGAUGCUAGGCAAGUGCCAGGCAUUUGCUUCCAGCAGCAAGGCUUUCAGAUCUUGCCGUUCAAGACCCAACUGAAGGGGGACAUAUUUCUCUCCAAGCAGGCAGAGGUUCAAGAUCGAUACUAUGAGGAGGUUUGUCGAGCCAUUCAAGAAGCCACUGGUGCAGACUGUGUCCUUGCUUUUCACCACAAUGUGAGACAUCAGCGGCCGCUGGAGUCCACGGACUUCGUGUGCAACACGUAUGACUACCGGGUUCAUGGUGACUACACCCCGGAAAGUGCUCGCGAGGUUUUUGAAUGGCAGCUUCCAAGAGCCAGCAGAGACAAAUCUGAAGUUCGAGCAUUUCGGGAUGGGCACUUUCUCCUGGUGAAUGCGUGGCGAAAUUUGAGCCCAGAACCUGUUGAGAACGAUCAUUUGGCUGUGUGCGAUGCAAAAAGCAUUUCAGAGGAUCAUUUGCUGAUGAUGGGUGCGAACAGCAGUUCGCCGCAGCCCACAGCGCUUCGCCGCAGUCCAUGCCUCACCGCGGAGAACUUCACUGAACGAGUCUCAGGACCCAUGGCACGCUUUGACUGCAGCUCUGAGCAUCGGUGGUACUAUUACCCAAAGCUCCGCGAGGAUGAGCUGCUGAUCUUCAAAUGCUACGACUCCACGCCCGACACUGUCUCCCGCUAUGUCCUACACUCUGCGAUGCGCGUUGGACUCGGCAGGAAGUCCCGAGAGUCCAUUGAAGUGAGAGCCAUUGCUUUCUUCCAAAAAGGAGCGACUUGCGAGCUGAGUGUUGAAUAG